UUAGAGGUUAAUUAAACAUAUAAACAUAUUAUCCCAUUUCUCAUACUCCAUUUUGGUAUCUCUUCAUUCUCUCUCUUAAACCAAACAAAAUACUUGUAUGGCCGCUAACUCGAGUUGCCGUGGAGUUACCACCUUUGGAAAACGAGUCGUCACUCAGAUCUUAACUCACUCUCCAACUCGCUCCCUCUCUGCUGCUCCUGCUUCUUCCAGGAGGUCACUUCAUGCUUCAGUGUAUGACAAGAACGUAGAAGAUCAUGUCCGUCCGGCUUUGGUACCAGAUGAUAUGAUCCACCCUCACUCGGACAAGUACUGGUCUCCAAAUCCGAGCACCGGGGUUUUCGGGCCUGCUACUGACCAAAACGCGGCUGCAGAGCGUGGUUUCCACACUUCGCCCUCAAAAGCUGGCUACGAGUCUGUGCUUGAGCAGAAGACAUUCUUCCGUCCUCUUGAGGACUUGGAGAAACCCCAACACCCUUAAUACUACCUUAAACAAGAUUAAGCCGCCCUAGCUGAUUAAUUACCAUAUAUACACAUCUGUUAAGCUAGAGGCAGGGCUAAUACUUAACAGUUAUAAAUAAUUAAGUUGUAGUUUAUGCUAGUAAAAACACUUGAUCUGGUUGCUUAAGUUGUGUAAUAAUAAAUCACUUGAUCAUGUUCAUAGAGUUUAUGUUUGAGUCAUUGCUUGGAAGAUCAGUGUUGAUAAGUUAUGAUAUGCUUGAUGAUUUUGUAUUUGGGUUGUGCUAUGGAUGUAAUGUGUUCUGUUCAGAUACUCAGCCAUCUUGCUUAUAUGAAUAUCAGAGAGUUUAUGUAUA